AUGACUAAGGCUUACAAGAAGAGGGGACUUUUUCAAAACGGAGUCCAGAGUACUCUCAUGUCCGAUUCGCAAGCAAUAGGCCAAGAGGCCAUGAUAGAUACGCGUAGACCGUAUUUUUAUCCCGAUAGCAGUAGUGACACCGAGGAGUAUAAAAGAGACGUGGAAGAACGUAAUAAACGUCUGUCCAAACGUAACGGUCAGAAUAUAAGAAGAAUUCCAUCUAACAUGCCAUCAACAUCCAGCCAAGACCCUGUGAAGAAGGAAGGAAAGAUGCAAAGGAAUCAACUCUGCCAAGAUAAAAUUACUCUUGUAGUGGAUGACACAAGAUUUGUUGUGGAUCCUGCUCAAUUCACAGCUCAUCCUAACACCAUGCUUGGACGGAUGUUUAGUUCUGGUAUAGAAUUCACACAUCCCAAUGAGAGGGGUGAAUAUGAAGUGGCAGAAGGUAUAUCAGCCACAGUGUUCCGGGCAAUUCUGGAGUAUUACAGGGGCGGUACCAUUAGAUGUCCACCGACUGUAUCUGUGCAAGAGUUGAGGGAAGCAUGUGACUAUCUGCUUGUCCCCUUUGAUGCUAACACUGUGAGAUGUCAGAAUCUACGUGGGCUUCUCCAUGAACUGUCGAACGAGGGCGCUCGUCGUCAAUUCGAAAGCUUUCUUGAGCGUCUCAUUCUACCUUUAAUGGUGGAGUCAGCUCAGCGAGGAGAUAGGGAGUGUCAUGUCGUGGUACUCCUGGAUGAUGACUCAGUGGAGUGGGACCCGGAGUACCCACCACAAAUGGGUGACGAAUACAGCCAAACCGUUCUUUCCACGCCAUUGUAUAGGUUCUUUAAGUACAUUGAAAACAGAGACGUUGCCAAGCAAGUUAUGAAGGAUCGGGGCCUCAAGAAAAUCCGACUGGGUGUGGAAGGUUAUCCAACAUACAAGGAGAAAGUUCGAGAACGUCCCGGGGGUAGAGCCGAAGUCAUAUACAACUACGUUCAAAGACCUUUCAUCCACAUGUCCUGGGAAAAGGAAGAGGCUAAAAGUCGGCAUGUGGACUUUCAGUGCUUCAAAUCCAAAUCUGUCACUAACUUGGCUGAGGCUACAGCAGAUCCGGUCAUCGAAUUGGAGAUAAGAGCUCGUGAGGACGUCGAGGUCCAGGACCCUGGAGACCAGGAGGAGGAGCAG